UGCGCUACUCAAUACCUCAUGUGAUAAUGCUCUGUCUCAAUCACUGUACCGUCUCAAUCAGUGUAUCGUCCCAGAGGGAAUACCGCUUUGUUUAUAUAUGGUGGCAUGCUUGUCCCUUCUCUCUCAAUUGUUCAUGACGGAGAAGAUGUCAUUGGAUUCUUGGGACGCUAACGAGGACGGCGUCGCCUUUUCACCGGAGAAGCUCGCCGCCGGCGAAGGCGGCAACUUUAGGGCGACUCAGCCUCCGGCCAAGAAAAGCCGGCGGGCGGUGCAGAAGCGGGUGGUGUCGGUGCCGGUCGGCUUCGCGGAUGGGCUCCUGGGGAAGAAUGGAGUCGGCGGGGAGGUGUUUCCGCCGAUGGACGCCUGGGCGUGGAGGAAGUACGGCCAGAAGCCCAUCAAGGGAUCUCCUUACCCGAGAGGUUAUUACCGGUGCAGCAGCUACAAGGGCUGCCCGGCGAGGAAGCAGGUGGAGCGGAGCCACCACGAUCCCACCACGCUCGUCGUCACCUACUCCUUCGACCACAACCACCCUGGGCCGCCGCCCAAGAUCGCCCGCCGCCACCACGCUCCGCCACCGCCUCCGGCGCCAGAGGCGGGGAGGGAAGAGGAGAAGUGCCUGACGUCAGCGGCGGAGGAGGAUCCGCUGGUGUCUAUGAUGAUGGCGCUUGAGAACGGCGGGGAGUUCCGGUGGUUCACCGACGUGGCUUCCCCUUCCUCCACCUCGGCGGGAUCCGACGAGCUGCUGUACGGAUCCGUCCUCUUCGGAGGCAGCGGGGAGGCGGGGUUGGUGCCGGAGGAGAGGGAGACGGUGGGGGCGGGGGAGGAGGACGCAACGUUCGCCGGGCUGGGGGAGCUGCCGGAGUACUCAGUGGUGCUUCGCCGGGGCAUGGCGGCGGCUCCGUGGGUCGGGACAACCGGGUGAUGGAUUUGUGGCCGUUGAUUUGGAUCUUGAUUUCUCCUUUUGACGCAUACACGAUUUUUUUUAUUUCGUUGACUGUAUUUUUUUGUUUUUUGUUUUGUAUUCAUACAGAGAUAAAUGAGCACAUGGUGAGCAAAUAAAGAAAUAGUUAUGUGACAUGAUAUCUGGUGUUAU